AUGUCCGGAAGAAGGGGGCUUGGGCCGCUUGAAGGGAGCCGGAGAAGCGAAGCAGAGGCGCAGAGAGGACCCCUCGUGGUGGAUCCAGUGCACUUGGUCUCUUGGGGCGGCGGCUUGAUGCCACCGGUGAGCUCGCUGGAGCCGAGGAUCCGCGAGAAGGCCCUGUACAGCUUCUACCUCCCAAAGCUUGCGGAAGACGGCCACUCCGACGAGGUCUUGAACCGCUGUGUAGCAAGGGCCACAGGGGCCACAGGGAAAGGCCUUCCAGGCUCUCGGAGUGCCAGCGUGGGCGCCUUGGGUGCCAAAGGACAUGCCAUGCCUCCAGCACAGGCCAGCAGCCACAGCUGCUCGUGGAUGCAGCACAGUCACAGCCUCGCACACGGCCGGAGUGAGAGCCAGAGCCUCGGCCUCGGCCUCGGAGGGCCCCGAAGCCGCACGGCGUCCAGCCUGCUGGGCCCGGGCCCGGGCCCGGGCCCGGCGUCCCGCAGCGGCGCUCGCAAAGAGGCGCGGGAUGAGAGGCGCCGCUCGUCGCCGCCAGGCCCGCUGGGCUACCUGGCCGGCCCCGAGAGCCAAUGGGGCCCUCUCGCACGAAUGUUCCAAAAGAGAUCUUCCGUUUGA